AUGGACCACAAAACGAGGCUGCGCAAGGCCUGCGAUGCCUGCAGUAUUCGUAAAGUAAAGUGUGAUAACAGUGGGCCACCAUGUCGGUCCUGCGCUAGCUUGGAUAUUCCCUGCACCUAUGAGAGGCCAAGUAGACGUCGUGGGCCGCCUAAUCGCCAUGCGGAGGCUCUGAAGAAGCAAAAGCUCGAGUCGCCGUCGGCCGAUGCAUCGCCUGGUAGUAUCACAGACUAUCCGCAGGCGACUACGCCCAAGGCCUAUUCUUAUUCAGCAACCGUUCCCCAACCAACGCCGUUCGCCUCCUCAGCAGAAGCUAUCUGUUCGCUGCAUACCGUGCAGUUAUUACUUGAUGACUUUUUUACUUACAUUCACCCCUUGGUUCCCAUCCCCCACGAGCCUUCUUUUCGCGCGGCGUUUGAGCGCCGUGAAGAUGCCACCAGUGGCACGUUUCUGGCCUUGCUGGCCUCUAUGAUUGGAUUUCUGGUUGCAUCCUUUCCGAGACGACCCAAGCUUCGUCUCAACACCGAGGCGGAACGCUCCGCAUUUCCAAACUCGAUAGCCCUGGUCAAAAGGUGCCAUGAAGUUGCAAUCCAGGCUCGAGGUACCGGAUAUCUCGAUCGCAAUGCAACGGUCUACGAUGCAGCCAUCAGCUAUUUUCUCGGUGUCUGUUCUGGCUAUAUUUACAGCAUGCGCCGUUGUCGUACCUAUCUUGCCGAAUGUCGCACUAUGCUUCAGGUUUACGACCUCUGUCGUUCGCCAGCAAACUUGCCAUCUGCCGGAAUGCUAAGCGCAGGCAGUCCCAUGUCAAUCGAACAGCCUGUUGCAAGUUUGACAGAAAGCAAUAAAGUGGACUUGAUCACGCAAGAGCUAGGCAGACGACUUUUCUACGUCUCCCUAGUUGGGUAUCAGACCCUGCAUCAACUUGGGUCUUUGGAUUUCAGGGUUCAUAUAGCCCCAGAAACCCCAACAGACCGAUAUCCGCCUCUUCCGUUAGAGGUGGAUGAUGAGUUUAUCUUCCCAACACACGUCAAUCUGCAACCCACCGGCCGAGUAUCACAAUUGGUCGGGUUCAAUGCAAACGUGCGGAUAUACAGCUCCUACAACUCUAUCCUAGCGUGGGAAAUUGCCUUUGGCAGCGGUCGGGUAUUCGACUGGGAGCACCAACGCUCAACACUGUGGGAAUGUCUUGAAAAGACCAAGUCUGCACUCCUCGAGACACCGCCCGAGCUUUCUCUCCUCCAUCCAAAACGGAAUCCAUCUGCGUUCAUGUCCGAGGAUGGCUCCGUGUUCAGUUAUCCAGAUGAUCAUAUCCAUCAAGAACGACGCGCGAUUCAGUACGAGAUCCAGAAGGCCAAUAUUUACGCAAGCCAAUUGUGCACAAGGUCUUAUCUGGUUGACAAGUACUGGAAUCUGUUUGAGAUUUUCAGCAAAUAUGGGAACUCGGACCGAGGAACAGCUGCGAAUACUGUCGCUCCAAACAUCAAGAUGGAGAAUCCAUCGGACGGACAAGAUGGAGCUACCGGUGCCUCGUCCCAGACAUCGUCAGCCGUGCAUCAUGCGCAAACAGAUUACAUCGGUCGCAUGAUGGCAGAAGAGCGCAAGUCAGUCAUCAAAGACUUGUUCGUGCUCCUUCGAACAGUCAACGAAGUCAACAUGGAACCCAAUGGCGCCAGCAUAACAACCAAAAUCCGCCAAGUAGCAUCCACCCUCCUCAACAUGCCCAGCCACCACCCAGCAUCAAAACCAACAAUCGGCCCCGACGAACCCUCCCCAAAGUCCCACCCACCUGAGACGCCGACCACCUCUCUAUCCGGCCUGCACGUCCUCACAGCCGCAGAAGCAGAAUCCUAUCUCCACGCUUUCAUCGAUACUCUCGUCAGGCUAGAGGGCCAUUCAUCCGCUACGACUGAUUCGGGUAGUAACACCGAAGGCGUGAGUCCACGCACGAAUGGACGGGCUAUGAGUUACCUUAGCGACUAUGAGCGUGAUCAGGAGGAGUUGAGUCAGUGGGCGAAUUUGAGGGAGUAUCAGCAGAAGUUUGCUGAGGCGGGGGGUGUUUUGUCCGAGUUGUAG